GAGAGUGUGAGGUAGAGCAAGGGUGAGUGAGUAAGAGCCACACAGACGAGAGAGAGAGAGAGAGAGAGAGGGGAGCGGAGUUAAUGGAGAGGGCUACAACUGCGCACAAACACAGAUUUGAUCAGUGAGUUUGACUUGCUGGUGCCGGUCAGUGCGCGCAGUGAAGACCAUCCGCUGCAAAACGAGCCUUCUCUUCCCCGAGCGAGCCUCCUGCUGCUGCUGCUGCUCUGCUGCUGCUGCUGCUGCUGCUGCUGCCAGACUUGUUGAACCGGGGCUCGAACACUCACAUUUCUCAGAGAGGGGAAGAAGAAGAUCAAGAACAAGAAGAAGAAGAGGAAGAAGAAGAAGUUGUUCAGGAACUCAGCGUGGGACCGGAUUCCAUUUUGGACGUAUUUAUAUGUCAACAGCUUUUGUUGCAUUUGUGAUGUGGGGUGAUCGGAAGCAAGCGCGGAACCUGUGGAUUUAACGUUUUCAACCAAAACCAAACAAACAAACGGCAACAAAAAAAUUACACGGAUUUGGGACUGGUUUGUUUCUUUAUCUUUGUGACUUUGUGCCGUUUUUUUUUCUUUUUUUUUUCUCUUUUUUUUCUUUUUGCUUCGGCGUGCAUGAACAUUUACUGAAGAGAGAAAAAAAAAGAGGCGGAAAGAGAAAGAAAAGAGAAAAAGCGAUGGAAGUAAGUGCGGACCAGCCUCGAUGGAUGAGCCAUCAUCCCGCGGUGCUGAACGAGCAGCAUCCCGGCUCACAUCACCCGGGCCUCGGCCACUCAUACAUGGACCCUUCGCAGUAUCAGCUCGCUGACGAUGUGGAUGUACUCUUUAAUAUCGAUGGACAGGGGAACCACGUCUCUCCGUACUAUGGAAACUCUGUCCGGGCCGUCCAGAGGUACCCUCCUCCUCCACACAGUAGCCAGGUGUGCCGUCCCUCAUUACUGCACGGCUCUCUGCCCUGGCUGGAGGGGAGCAAAGGCAUCGCCCCGCACCACAGCACUUCUCCCUGGAACCUGAGCCCCUUCCCCAAGAACCCCCUGCACCACGGCUCCCCGGCCAGCCUGUCCGUCUACCCCCCGGCCUCCUCCUCCUCCCUGUCCACCGGUCACUCCAGUCCGCACCUCUUCACGUUUCCCCCGACCCCUCCGAAAGACGUAUCCCCGGACCCCGGCAUAUCCACCCCGGGCUCCAGCAGCUCCGGGCGGCAGGAGGAUAAAGAGUGCAUAAAGUACCAGGUGACCCUGGCCGACAGUAUGAAACUGGAGUCAGCUCACAGCCGGAGCGUGGCAUCAAUCGGAGCAGGGUCAUCCUCUGCCCACCACCCCAUCGCCACAUACCCACAAUAUGUCCCCGAAUACGGCCCAGGCCUCUUCCCACCAAGUAGCCUGAUAGGUGGGUCACCUUCUAGUUAUGGUUCCAAAACAAGACCAAAAACAAGGUCCUGUUCAGAAGGUAGAGAGUGUGUGAACUGCGGGGCCACGUCGACUCCGCUGUGGCGGCGGGACGGUACGGGUCACUAUCUGUGUAACGCCUGCGGACUCUAUCACAAGAUGAACGGGCAGAACCGCCCUCUCAUCAAACCCAAGCGGCGGCUGUCCGCAGCCAGGCGGGCGGGGACGUCGUGCGCAAACUGUCAAACGACAACGACGACGCUGUGGCGGAGAAACGCCAACGGGGACCCGGUGUGUAACGCCUGCGGCCUCUACUUUAAACUGCACAAUAUUAACCGACCUCUGACCAUGAAGAAGGAAGGCAUCCAGACCAGGAACAGGAAGAUGUCCAGCAAGUCCAAGAAGAGCAAAAAGUCCCAAGACAGCAUGGACGACUUCUCCAAGAGCCUGAUGGACAAGAGCAGCUCCUUCAGCCCGGCCGCCCUGUCCCGCCACAUGUCGUCCUUCCCCCCCUUCUCGCACUCCGGCCACAUGCUGACCACCCCCACACCCAUGCACCCUUCCUCCAGCCUCCCGUUCGCCCCCCACCACCCCUCCAGUAUGGUCACAGCCAUGGGUUAGACGUCCCUGAGCUGCUGCGACGCCCCCCAUCCCCUCGGCCUCGCCACCACCACCACCACCACCACCACCACCACGUCCCUCGGUACCUCUGCUGACCUGCUUCCACAUCCUAAAAAGACAGACAGACAGACAGACAGACCGCUCCUCGGCCCGACCAUCGCCCACCGAGCUGCGGCGUGAGAUCGACGGGCUUCCGGCUCCCUUUUUUUUUUUUUUUUGGUCCUCAGUUGUAUCUUAUUUUUUUAUGAAAAAUCAAAGAGUACCUCUGCGACGUGAAUGCUUUGCAGAACCUGACUUGACUGUGGCGCACUGACCUCCAAAGGGGGGAAGACUUUUUUUUUUUUUCUCCCCCCCUCACCCACCCAUCCCUGCUCCGACCCACCGGCGGGGGAGUGAGAGGAAGACAUUUUCUCUCCCCCGCCCUCCUUCCCACCCCAACGCUGCCGCCACCGACCACAUCGAGGCUGAUCCUACACCACGAGGAGCUCCAUUUGUGUACAAAAAGCCAUUUUUUUUCCACGCAUCACAAAAACAGACGAUGAUGAUAAAAACUUUUACAACGCUCUCUCCCGAAAAAUCUCCAAACACCCGUUUCUUCUCUCUUCACCUUGUACCUGUGUAACAGGAAACACCCCCCACACCCCUCUCCUUCUUCUUCUUCUUCUACUCCUUCUUCUUCUUCUACUUCUUCUUCUGCUACUUCUUCUUCUUCUCCUUCACCUCGCUGAAGACGAGGAGAGAGACAGACGUUGAAUAUAUUUGUACAAAUUGUAUGAAAUACAGUACAUUUAAUGAAGACUUUUUAAUUAAGUAAGAAAAAAAAAAGGAAAACAUGCCCCCCGGGCAGCUAAACGACGAGAAGGGUACGAGUCGCAGCAGAGGUGGAGAGACUUGCCAGCCAGAGGAGCGAGGGAGAGGACGCUCGGAGGAAAGGAAAAAAAAAAA